GAGAGAGAGAGAGCGCGAGGGAGUGAGUGAGAGAGAGGGAGGGAGGGAGGGAGAGAGAGAGAGAGUGGCAGGGGAGGGAAGGGAGGGGGGAGGGGGCAGUGCAUAGCCCUCGUUCGUUGGUUGCCGUCGUAUCGACAGCGACGCCGUGCUUUGCGUUGGUCUCGAGGGACGACUACAUCUCGGACACUCGAGCUUUCCUCCCAGGACUAGAGGGUGGAGGAAGGAGGGAGGGAGAGAGGAGACCGAGGAAAGGGUCUAGAACCGACGAGGUUGUGGAUAGUUGUGGUGGUGUAGAGGGCGGAUUGACUCCUGUUCUCGACGGAAUCAAUCACGGGGCCGACCGUCGCGUGCCAAGAGCCUCUCCAGCAUCCUGGUUCGCAGAUUCACUCAUCCUCCGACAUCGUGCUUGCCUGUAUGGGAAGACUCUGGCCGACUUAGAUAGUCAGUGGGAAAUAGAGGCGCAUAGGUCAGAUAGGGGUCCCAAGUGAUCCAAAGAGGCUACAUUUGUUGCAUACCUCUAGGAAUCACGUGAAAUCUGGCUCUCGUCUUCUCUUCGUUAGGUCACCCUCGCUCUGGCAUCUCCGAGGGAAGUUAGCAUGGCACCGAGCAUGAUCUUGAAAGCUGCUCUGUGCAGAGGAGAGCGAAUGGGGGGUCUGGGCCGCGGGCAAUGAGAGAGCAUGGGAGAGUGGAGGAAAGGAGAAGGGAGAAAAGCUGAUGGGAGAGAGGGGAGACGGGGUUGGAUGCCAUGCAUGUCAUGCGCCGUUUGAAGAGCUUUACGACGGGCCGCUCGUCAGUCUCUGACAAUAACAGCACCUGUCUCUCGCUUCCAGCAUUUACGAGUCAAAGCUAUGGACUCAUCGCUUGCAGGCGUGACCAAAGAGCAGUCCCUGCCGCUCCCAGAUUGGACGGGUUAAUUUGAGUCCUCCUUGACUAUUUCUCCGAUUGGAGACACCGGCACGAAGCGUGUUAAGUUAGAGCAAGAAGGAUUGGUGGGAACUAUUUUGGAUUCUCCAGCGAUCGGAACAUUUAGGGGUGCAGAGCAGCAUAUGGCCUCGGCAAGCGUGGGGCCUGUCGGUGCUGGAAGUACAAGCAUGCUGGGGGUAGCCCCUACUAAGGCUGGAAGUAGUGGAGUCGAAUCGCUUCCUAAGGAAAUGCAUGAUAUGAAGAUUCGGGAUGACAAGGUUGACCACAGUGAUGACAAGGAGAUUGAGGCGACUGUGGUAGAUGGAAAUGGUACCGAGACUGGUCACGUAAUCGCCACGACCAUAGGUGGCCGCAACGGCCAGCCCAAGCAGACCAUAAGCUAUUCCGCGGAGCGGGUGGUGGGCACAGGGUCAUUUGGAAUUGUGUUCCAGGCGAAAUGUAUAGAGACAGGUGAAACGGUGGCAAUCAAGAAGGUGUUGCAGGACAAGCGGUACAAGAAUCGAGAAUUACAGAUAAUGCGCCUUCUCGAUCACCCUAACAUUGUGGCAUUAAAGCAUUGCUUUUUUUCCACUACAGACAAGGAUGAACUGUAUCUCAAUCUGGUGCUCGAGUAUGUUCCAGAGACAGUUUACCGUAUUGCCAAACAUUACAAUCGGAUGAAUCAGCGGAUGCCUUUGGUUUAUGUCAAACUCUACACUUACCAGAUCUGCCGCUCGCUUGCCUACAUCCACAGUGGCAUUGGUGUAUGCCAUCGCGAUAUCAAACCUCAAAAUCUUUUGGUCAAUCCCCACACCCAUCAGCUAAAGCUCUGCGACUUUGGGAGUGCUAAAGUGUUGGUGAAAGGGGAACCCAAUAUUUCGUAUAUAUGUUCUCGAUACUAUCGAGCCCCUGAGCUCAUUUUCGGCGCCACAGAGUACACAACAGCCAUUGACAUAUGGUCAAUGGGUUGCGUAAUGGCCGAGCUGCUGUUGGGGCAGCCUCUCUUUCCAGGAGAAAGCGGUGUUGAUCAACUUGUGGAGAUUAUCAAGGUCCUUGGAACACCCACUCGUGAGGAGAUCAAGUGUAUGAAUCCGAAUUAUACCGAAUUUAAGUUUCCUCAAAUCAAGGCCCACCCCUGGCACAAGGUGUUUCACAAGAGAAUGCCACCGGAGGCUGUGGAUCUAGUAUCGAGGCUGUUGCAAUAUUCGCCAAAUUUACGAUGCACCGCUUUGGAGGCAUGCGUGCACCCGUUCUUUGACGAACUCAGAGAUCCGAACUGUCGCCUACCGAACGGCCGGCCUUUACCCCCUCUGUUUAAUUUCAAACCACAAGAGUUGAAAGGUGCCACACAUGAUAUCUUGCAACGCUUGAUACCCGAACACGCGAGGAAGCAGAAUCCUAUGUUGGCAGUGUAGAAGAGUUGUAUUGGUCGAUCUUGUCUCUUUGAACUGUUGGUAGCAUUUGCUUAAGCGGUGACUUUCAUUUUCUCUCAUUGGAACGGUCGAGUUCUUGUUGGAGAUAUCCCAGCUAUUACUGCAAAUGGGCUGGUUUAGGGUGCCCAGCCAUUGUAUACUUCCAAUCCAGUGCCUCUCUAAGCAGAUAUUUUCGUAAUCUUGUGGAAGCUUGAGAAGUGGGUGCUAAAUGUGGGCUCCAAGAACUGGCAAUGUGCAAGGAUAUCUUGAGAGAGCACAGAAGUGCCCGUUCUUGAAAACGGCUGGCACUGGAAGUUGCCUCAGACUGCUGGAGAGGGUUUUACACGCUUUCGCGGCUGCUACAUAAAGAUUGGUCUGGCUGCUGAAAGUUUUCCGCAGAGAGAUGGGUCAUGGAAAGGGUUUGUUCUCUGGGCCAGCCAUAUUCAUAAUUUUCUUGCCUAGGGUGAAACCGGGCAUGAGGGUAAGAUACUUCAGGUGCGUCGGUUUUCUCAACGGUAGCGUAAUAUUGAUGCAACUUACUAUGAACGCUUAAUUUUUAAACCUAGAGGUCCAAAUUUGUUUCUUUGUCGUGUGUUUGGGCACUCCCACUGCUCAAGUUGUAUGCUUUUCACCUCCAACUGGCAGGCUAGGCCGUGCUCCAUGUGGCGGUUGUCCUUGUUUUUGGUAGCCUAGCUUCCUCUGUACUACUUUGUGGCUGAGUCUGGUUUUCUGCCAGUCUGACUAUUUGUAAAAUCUCAAGCCAUUCCAUGCAACUGUAACCUUAAAUGUUAAGUUUCAUGUGAGGUUAAGCUUUGAAGCAACCUUACUUAUAAAGUCUCAUGAAUUUUUGAUGACUUUAGCAACUGCGCCCACAAAGUUGGUUUUCCCUAUCUUAGUGCCGCAGCAUGAGCUUAGAUUUACUCUCAGUAAUGAAGAAGAGGGGUGUUGAGUAGUUGUUCCUUUCAUAUGGAGCUCAUGUCUAUCUUGAAAAUAUGGCUGCAGUUCGAGCCCUCACUAAUCUAUGAUCCGAUUCUACUC